GAGUUAACCUACAUAAAGCCUUGGAACAGUACCUGGCACACUGUAAGCAUCAUGUAAGUGUUGGAUGUUUUAAUUUUAAAGAAUCAAGUAUCUCAGGGCCAAGGUGAAUAGAGGUAAAUCAUUACUGAUCUUAAUCUUUCUUUCUGAUAAUAUUAAGAUAUUAAAGGCUUAGUACCACAUUUAAUUGAAUUUUUCCUUUUCUUCAACAGGAAUUAACUGAGUAACUCUACAAGGACUAUGCUAUUGGGGAGAAUGACCCAGAGAUUGCCCUCAAAGAAUUUGCGGUGUAAAGUGGAGAUAAGAUAUACAUAAAUAUCUGUGCACAGAUGAUUGUGCUAUUACAAGAAUAAAUAUCUUCCUUCAAUAGAUGAUAAUGAAAAUACAGAAAAAAGAGAAGCAGUUGUCAAAUUUUAAAGUUCUGAGUCACUCCCCAAUGUCUGAUGCCUCUAUCGGUUUUGACUACAAAUCCCCCUCCCCGUUUGACCGCAGCACCGAUCAGGAAGAGAAAAUCGAUGAUGUUGCGAGUCACUGUCUGCCCCAGAAGGACCUGUUUGCUGCUGAAGAGGAAGCAGAGACCCUUUUUCCUCGGAAAAUGACAUCCCAUAGUGGGCUGGAGGACAGCGGAGGAGGUGGCACUGGAGUGAAGAAGAAACGGAAGAAAAAGGAUCUGGGAGAGCAAGAGGGGGCAGCAAAGGGAAGCAAGGACAGGGAGCCCAAGCCAAAGAGGAAGCGUGAACCUAGAGAGCCAAAGGAGCCCAGGAAGGCCAAGGAGCCCAGGAAGGCCAAGGAGCCCAAGGAGCCCAAGCAGAGGGACGGAGCAAAGAAAGUGCGGAAGCCCCGGGAGGCCUCAGGCACCAAGGAGGCCAAAGAGAGGAGGAGCGGGGCUGACGCAGCAGCCAGGACGAAGUCCAGGAAGGCCAGCAAGGAGCAAGGACCAACCCCAGUGGAGAAAAAGAAGAAAGGAAAGAGGAAAAGUGAAGCCACAGUGGAGAGUUCAGAGCUGGAUCAGGGUGGGCUGAACCCUUCCCUGCGGAGCCCUGAGGAAUCCACCGAGUCUGCAGACAGCCAGAAACGACGCUCAGGACGACAAGUGAAACGCAGAAAAUACAACGAGGACCUGGACUUCAAAGUGGUGGAUGAUGAUGGGGAAACAAUCGCUGUUCUUGGAGCCGGCCGGACAUCCGCCCUCUCGGCCUCUACCCUGGCUUGGCAGGCAGAGGAGCCUCCAGAAGAUGACGCUAACAUCAUCGAGAAGAUCCUGGCAUCCAAGACUGUCCAAGAGGUUCAGCCAGGAGAGCCCCCAUUCGACUUGGAGCUCUUCUACGUUAAGUAUAGAAAUUUUUCCUACUUACACUGUAAAUGGGCCACAAUGGAAGAGCUUGAAAAGGAUCCUCGCAUUGCACAGAAGAUCAAGCGAUUUAGGAAUAAACAAGCCCAAAUGAAGCACAUUUUUACUGAGCCUGAUGAAGACUUGUUCAACCCAGACUAUGUAGAAGUCGAUCGCAUCUUGGAGGUGGCCCACACCAAGGAUGCAGAAACUGGAGAGGAAGUGACACAUUACCUGGUGAAGUGGUGCUCACUGCCUUACGAAGAGAGCACAUGGGAGCUCGAGGAAGAUGUGGAUCCUGCAAAAGUAAAAGAAUUUGAAUCUCUCCAAGUUCUCCCUGAAAUUAAGCACAUGGAGCGGCCUGCCUCAGACUCUUGGCAGAAACUCGAGAAGUCUCGAGAGUACAAGAACAGUAAUCAGCUCCGGGAGUACCAGCUGGAGGGAAUGAACUGGCUUCUUUUUAACUGGUAUAACAGAAAAAACUGUAUUCUGGCUGAUGAGAUGGGCCUGGGGAAAACCAUCCAGUCCAUCACAUUCCUUUCAGAAAUCUUCCUCAGGGGACUCCACGGCCCUUUCCUCAUCAUCGCCCCGCUGUCCACCAUCACUAACUGGGAGCGGGAGUUCCGGACUUGGACAGAGAUGAACGCCAUUGUCUACCACGGCAGCCAGAUCAGCAGGCAGAUGAUCCAGCAGUAUGAAAUGGUGUACAGAGAUGCACAGGGAAAUCCCCUUUCAGGCGUCUUCAAGUUCCACGUGGUCAUCACCACAUUUGAGAUGAUCCUGGCAGACUGCCCAGAGCUGAAGAAGAUUCACUGGAGCUGUGUGAUCAUCGAUGAAGCCCACAGAUUGAAGAACAGGAACUGCAAACUUCUGGAGGGACUAAAGCUCAUGGCCCUGGAACACAAAGUACUUCUCACAGGGACGCCCUUGCAGAACUCUGUGGAGGAGCUCUUCAGUUUGCUGAAUUUCCUGGAGCCAUCACAGUUUCCUUCAGAGACUGCUUUUUUGGAGGAGUUUGGAGAUCUGAAAACAGAAGAACAGGUAAAGAAACUGCAGUCUAUCCUAAAACCAAUGAUGCUUCGGCGGCUGAAAGAUGAUGUGGAAAAAAACCUUGCUCCCAAACAAGAGACGAUCAUUGAAGUAGAGUUGACCAAUAUCCAGAAAAAGUACUACCGUGCCAUCUUAGAGAAGAACUUUUCCUUCUUGACCAAGGGUGCAAACCAACACAACAUGCCAAAUCUCAUCAACACUAUGAUGGAGCUGAGAAAGUGCUGUAACCAUCCUUACCUGAUCAACGGGGCAGAGGAGAAAAUUCUGGAGGAUUUUCGAAAAACUCACAGCCCUGAAGCCCCCGACUUUCAGCUGCAGGCCAUGAUUCAGGCAGCAGGGAAGCUGGUGCUGAUUGAUAAACUGCUCCCUAAGCUGAUUGCAGGUGGCCACAAAGUACUCAUCUUCUCCCAGAUGGUGCGCUGUCUGGAUAUCCUAGAAGAUUACCUCAUCCAAAGAAGAUACACCUAUGAGCGAAUUGAUGGGCGAGUACGGGGAAACCUGCGCCAGGCAGCCAUCGACCGGUUCUGUAAGCCAGACUCAGACCGCUUUGUCUUUCUUCUGUGCACCAGAGCAGGAGGCCUGGGGAUCAAUCUCACAGCUGCCGAUACCUGCAUCAUAUUUGAUUCAGACUGGAACCCACAAAAUGACUUGCAGGCUCAGGCCCGAUGCCACCGGAUAGGCCAGAGUAAAGCCGUGAAGGUGUAUCGCCUCAUUACUCGGAACUCCUACGAGCGGGAGAUGUUUGACAAGGCCAGCCUGAAGCUGGGUCUGGACAAGGCUGUUCUUCAGGACAUCAACCGAAAGGGCGGCACCAAUGGAGUACAGCAGCUUUCAAAAAUGGAGGUAGAAGACCUGCUCCGGAAAGGUGCUUAUGGAGCCUUAAUGGACGAGGAAGACGAGGGCUCCAAGUUCUGUGAAGAAGACAUAGAUCAGAUUCUUCAGAGGAGAACACACACCAUUACCAUCCAGUGUGAAGGGCAAGGAUCCACUUUUGCCAAGGCUAGCUUUGUGGCUUCAGGAAACAGAACAGAUAUUUCCUUAGAUGACCCAAACUUCUGGCAGAAGUGGGCUAAAAUAGCUGAACUGGAUACUGAAGCAAAGAAUGAAAAGGAAAGCUUAGUGCUCGACCGGCCUCGUGUGAGAAAGCAGACCAAACACUACAACUCCUUUGAGGAGGAUGAGCUCAUGGAGUUCUCCGAGCUAGACAGUGACUCUGACGACAGGCCCACGAGGUCCAGGCGCCUCAAUGACAAAACCAGGCGCUACCUCCGAGCUGAAUGCUUCCGGGUAGAGAAGAACCUGCUCAUCUUUGGCUGGGGCCGGUGGAAAGACAUCCUGACUCAUGGGCGAUUCAAGUGGCAUCUGAAUGAGAAGGACAUGGAGAUGAUUUGCCGCGCCCUGCUGGUGUACUGUGUCAAGCAUUACAAGGGGGAUGAGAAGAUCAAGAGUUUCAUCUGGGAACUGAUCACACCUACCAAAGAUGGGCAGGCCCAGACCCUCCAGAACCACUCAGGGUUGUCUGCUCCAGUUCCCAGAGGGAGAAAGGGGAAGAAGACAAAGAACCAGCUGCUGCUCCCAGAGUUAAAGAAUGCAGACUGGCUGGCCACCUGCAACCCCGAGGUGGUCUUGCAUGACGACGGCUACAAGAAGCACCUCAAACAGCACUGUAACAAGGUACUUCUGCGCGUCCGGAUGCUGUACUACCUAAAAGCUGAAAUACUGGGAGAAGCAGCUGACAAAGCAUUUGAAGGAACUCCCUCCAGGGAGCUGGAAGUGCCUCUGCCCGACAUCGACUACGUGGAAAUCCCAGUGGAGUGGUGGGAUGCUGAGGCUGAUAAGUCCCUUCUAAUUGGUGUGUUCAAACACGGGUAUGAGAGGUACAAUGCCAUGCGAGCAGACCCUGCACUUUGCUUCCUGGAGAAAGUUGGAAUGCCAGAUGAGAAGUCCCUUUCUGCAGAACAGGGUGUUGCAGAUGGGACCUCAGACAUACCUGAAAGAAGUAACGUGGAGAAAGAAGAUAAUACUGAAGACAAAUUAGAUGGCCUUCAGAAACAAACGGAAAGUUCCGGUGAUGGAGGUGAUGGCAUUUUUGGCGAAAAGAAAGAUGACAGCCGGGCAGCCCAGGAUGGCUCCGACCCAGACAGAGCGCCCUGGCCAGUUCCGUCUGCUCUCACAGCUCGGCUUAGACGACUGGUCACCAUUUACCAGCGCUGCAACCGCAAGGAACUCUGCCGGCCUGAAGUUCUGGGGCCAGGUAACCAAGGAUACUGGGUCCAGGAAGAGAUGUUCAGGAGGACCUCAGAAAUGGAGCUCAUCAACAAGGAAGCCCAGAAGAGGUGGACUAGGAGAGAACAAGCCGACUUCUACAGAACCGUGUCUUCCUUUGGUGUUGUUUAUGAUGAAGAAAAGAAAACUUUCGACUGGACGCAGUUCCGCCUCAUCUCCCGUUUGGACAAGAAGUCGGAUGAGAGCCUGGGGCACUACUUCCACAGUUUUGUGGCCAUGUGCCGGAACGUCUGUCGUCUGCCCACGUGGAAAGAUGGUGGUCCCCCAGAUCCCACCAUCUACGUUGAACCCAUCACUGAGGAACGGGCUGCAAGAACUCUGUACCGCAUUGAACUGUUAAGGAAGGUCCGAGAGCAAGUGCUUAAGUGUCCUCAGCUGCAUGAACGCCUGCAGCUCUGCAGGCCCAGCCUCUACCUCCCAGUCUGGUGGGAGUGUGGGAAGCAUGAUCGAGACCUGCUCAUCGGCACCGCCAAGCAUGGGCUGAACCGCACUGAUUACUACAUCAUGACCGAUCCCCAGCUGUCCUUCUUGGAUGCCUAUAGAAACUAUGCCCAGCAUAAAAGAGCUGACACCCAGGCACCAGAAAGUCUCUGUUGCCUUUACCAGACCAACUCCAAACUGUAUGAAUCGCUUAGAUAUACUCAAAUGAGGAGAACUUCAGAGUCCCUUGAAAACGAAUCUGAGAAUCUAGUGAAACCAGAAGGUAGAGAUGAUCAUCUCAGCCCUCCUGGGGGCAGCUUAUCUGAUGUGACUUGUGAAAACUUCAUUGCUAAAGUUCAGGAUGUCAUUUCCGUCACUCACGACGGAAGUCUGGUGCCUGAGUCUUUGGAGAGCAUGAUGUGUGGCAGGAAGGUACCCAGCCGAGAGCCAGGCCCUUUUCAGCAGAGCCCAAGUACCAACACAGAACCCAGGAGAGAUGCUGGUGCCCACUUAGCAAGCAGAGAUAGGGGCUGCCAGCCUGGAGGCCUGGAGGCAGAAAUAGCUUCAGACCCCUCUUUCAUGCGUAGUUUAGAAGCAGGGGUAGCUCAAAUGAACAUUAGAAAUGGAAAACAUCUGCUGAUGUCUCUCUCAAAGGAAGGGGAGCUCUGCCGCAGUGAGGCGGGGCAGAUACCUGAAAGCAUUGGGCAGCUAGAAGCCAAAUGUUUAGCCUCCCCUUCCUUGGAUCAAGGAAACGAAAGUGGGUUUGUAGAUAUGUGCAAUCUUAGUAUCUGUGACUCCAAAAGAAACCUGUCAUCAGAUCAGCAAUUAAUCGAUUUAUUAGAAAACAAUAGUUUUGAAAGUAAAUUGAUUCUGAGUCAGAACCACAGUGAUGAAGAUGAGGAAGAGGAGGAAAAUGAGGAGGAAAACUUAGACUUGGCAGCAGGCAUGAGGGAUAGGCCAGGGGUUUUGCAUCUAACCGAGCCCACUGCUAAUAUCCCAAGGGAGAAGAGCCGAGGCUCCCAUCUAGGUGCAGCUGAGAAAGGAAGCCUGGGGGCUGUGAGCCAGAACCCUGGGCUGCAGGGGACUUUUCCUGAAGCAGCCUGUCAGUGUCACUGCAAACACAUGGGGAGGUGGAUGCACAGCCUUGAAAAUGAGGAACUCGAAGUGGAGAGACCCAAGGGUGGUUACCCAGACCUGUAUGAAAGCAGAACUAAUAAUAUCACAGUGGAGGCCGAGCCCACUGCUCUUCCACUGGAGCCGUUUCAAGUGAAGCAUGAACUUCUGCAAGAAACUUGGAAAGAAAGUGCAGAGGGGAAAAAAGGUUUCCCCGCCUAUCCCGAAGGAAGUGAGCCCAAGUCAGAAGACACGGAUUUUGAGAGUAAAGAUGAUUAUGAUAGAGAUGGAAACUGCCGUAGUCAAGAUUAUCCAGGGAAAUACUCUGAAGAGGAGAGCAAGAGCUCGACCUCGGGCAUUGCAGGGGACAUAGGGGAUGAUCUCCAGGAGACCCGGGCUCCCACCAUUGCUCAGCUGCUCCAGGAGAAAACCCUCUAUUCCUUCUCCGAGUGGCCAAAGGAUCGAGUGAUAAUCAACCGCCUAGAUAGUAUCUGCCACGUGGUGUUAAAGGGGAAGUGGCCCUCCGGCCAGCAGUAUGAGGCCUCGGGCCCGCUGCCCACCCCCGUGUUAACCAGCAGGGCCGGUCCUCGAAGCAGCUUUGCGGAGCCGGAAGCAGCAGAACACAGCUUCAGCAACGGUGCCGCACUGGUGGCCCAGAUCCAGAAGGAGAGCUUCCUGGCUCCAGUAUUCACAAAGGAUGAUCAAAAGCACAGACGUCCUUUCGAGUUUGAGGUGGAGAGGGAUACAAAGGCUCGGAGCCUGGAACAGUUCUCUGCCACCCAUGGGCAUCCCCCCGUCGUCCUCAAUGGCUGGCAUGGGGAGUCAGCCAUAGACCUCUCCUGCACAUCAGAGGGGUCCCCAGGAGCUACACCACCCUUCCCAGUGAGUGCUAGCACCCCUAAGAUUGGGGCUAUCGGUUCACUUCAAGGAGCCCUUGGCAUGGACUUGUCUGGGAUUCUGCAAGCUGGCCUGAUCCAUCCAGUGACUGGACAGAUCGUCAAUGGGAGCCUUAGAAGAGAUGACACUGCCACAAGGAGGCGGAGAGGGAGGCGGAAACAUGUGGAAGGCGGGAUGGACCUCAUCUUUUUGAAGGAGCAAACACUUCAGGCAGGAAUCUUGGAAGUUCAUGAAGACCCAGGGCAGGCUCCCCUGAGCACCCCACACCCUGAAGGGCCAGUGCCUGCCUCUUCUGCCCCCGAGCCGACCCCUGCAGUCGGCGGCCAGGCCGAGAAAGCCAUUUCCAGCAAGAGUCUGCUCGACUGGCUGCGGCAGCAGGCUGACUGCUCCUUAGACGUUCCUGGCUUUGGAGCAAAUUUUUCAGACAAACCCAAGCAGAGGAGGCCACGCUGUAAGGAACCUGGAAAGUUAGACAUCAACUCCCUGAGUGGGGAAGAGAGGGUUCCUGCAGUAACCAAGGAUCCCGGACUGAGGGGGUUCCUCCCAGAAAACAAGUUCAAUCACACCCUGCCUGAGCCUGUUCUUCGAGAUGCAGGCCCCCGCCGGAGGGGGAGGCGGCCUCGGAGCGAGCUCCUAAAGGCUCCCGCCAUCGUGGCAGACUCUCCCUCAGGAAUGGGGCCACUGUUCAUGAACGGACUGGUUGCUGGGAUGGACCUGGUAGGACUUCAGAACAUGAGAAAUGUGCCGGGCAUCCCCCUCACAGGCCUGGUGGGGUUCCCGGCCGGCUUUGCCACGAUGCCCACGGGCGAGGAGGUGAAAAGCACCUUGAGCAUGCUGCCCAUGCUCCUGCCGGGGAUGGCCGCCGUGCCCCAGAUGUUUGGUGUCGGGGGGCUGCUCAGUGCACCCAUGGCCACUGGCUGCACUUCGACUGCCCCAUCGCCUCUGUCAAGCACAACAAAAAGCGGUGCGUCAGCGACCGAAAAGGCUGCAGAAGACAAGUCAAGUAGCCACGAUGUGAACACGGACACGUUAACCCAAGACAGGCCUGGUCCGGGUCCAUUUUCGGACCGGUCUGAACCUGCAGUAACUACGAGUAGUCCUGUGGCUUUUAACCCCUUUCUCAUCCCAGGAGUGUCUCCUGGACUCAUUUACCCGUCCAUGUUUCUCUCCCCUGGCAUGGGCAUGGCUCUGCCAGCUGUGCAGCAGGCCAGACACUCUGAAGUCACAGGUCUAGAGAGCCAGAAGAGGAAGAAGAAGAAAACGAAAGGGGACAAUCCAAAUCCCGCCCCCGAGCCUGCUCCCGGGGCCGGAAGGGGGCCAGGCAGUGAGCAGGGCCGCCCUGAAUCCAGGGCGCCUGGGCCCCCAGACAGAGAACGUGCUACCCAGGCCAGGGAAGGGGGCCUCAAAGACUCUACCAGUGACACCAAUUAGAACUUUUUCAUUUAAGAAAUGAUUGUGACUUGUAAGUUUCUUAUCCCAUAAAGGUUUGUUACUUCCCUCACUUCACCUUCAUUAAGAACCUGUUUCCAUAAGUGAUAUCACCUGCCUAAUUUCCUGUCUGGGAACCAUGGGCAUCAGAUGUUCGUGGUGGCAGGGUCUUGCCACUUCAUUAGGUAAGUGUCGUUGACCUAGUGUAGGAGGCACAGAACUGAAUUCCCAUUCUGUUACCCAGUCCAUUCCAGCAGUUGUAGUUAAUACAGUACUUGGUGACAUGCCCUACUCCCUUCUCCUCCAAGUUUCCCACUUACUUGAGGAGGAAAAGUGGCAAAAGAAAGCUGUCUAGGGGUUUACCAUUGAAGGGCUGAAGAGCGGAGACAAAGAGUGACCCUUUUUUCCAUGAGCUGUGUAGAAUGGGAAGAAUGUACUGGGGGAACCAAAAGCACAGAGAAAGGAAGUGCCGGUGCGUAUCUUUUAGUUAACACAUUUCCCUAUUUUAUCAUGAUUACUAAGUGAGUAGCAUAGACAGAAGUAUAUAACUGAUGGUUGAAAAUGCAUAUAUUAAUUUCUUUAUAAAACACAAACCUUACUGGUAGGAACAUGACCUCCCCCUUCAUGGUUUUGCAGAUGCCUGCAGCAAAAAGAAACACCCAUAUGUAUUCUCCCACUCCCGAGUUAAAAGAGUGUUCUCAGUAUGAGAAAGCUCUACACACCUUGAGUCGCUGCCAGCGGCCAGGGUGGGCGAGGCGCUCGCCCUCGUGGCCUGCACGCCGCACACAAGCACACGACUGACACUCCCGCCCACCUCCCUCUCUUCAUGGGUUUCCAGUGUGUGCUUUUCCUCACCAAGAAUAGGGCUCUUUGUGGAGCUUGUGAGAAAAAUCACUCAGUAGUCAGUUAUUUGAGGUUGUCAAAACACGCGUACCACCAUUCAUAAUACGACUGUGAAAGGUUUUUUUCUUCUCUCCAUUUUUUCUCUGUUCAGCUUAUGUUUUACAGUUGGACCCAGAUUCUACACCAUCAUGUUAGUUUGAAAUGGUUGCACAUUAUCGUUUUCCUCCUCUGCAGCUUUCCAAGCUGGGAAGAACCUGCCUGAGCAGCCCGGACCCCAUUUUCUUUGUCCUUUGCACUCGUGUUCCAUCCUUUCCAGUGGUCUUGUUCUUUACCGACAGUUCACACUCACACUUGAAGUAAGCUCAUGGUUCAGGACGCUGCGGGCAGAGGGCUGUGCAGGACCGUUGGAAAUGUCAGAAGUGUUCAAGUACCAGUUUCACUUUUUGUCGUCACAAUUUACUGUAUUUUUUACUUUUUCUGUUACAGUUUUGCUAAUUUAUCAAAAGGUCCAAAAGUUUGACAUAACUAUUUCAGUUUGCAUUAUUUAUUUAUGAUGCUUUUGUCAUUGUCUUUUAUACAUUCGGGAUUAUAAAUUAUGUAAAUGUUAAAAUGAGCAUCUCAAAGAAGUCUGUUAAAAGUCGUGACCGGAGAAAUCAAUCCAGAUGUAUUUUCGAAAAGUGGAGUCCCAGUUGUAUGAAUUAAAAGAUAUAAAUCAGAAAUUCUAUAACUGAUCAUACCAGAAGAAUCCAGUAGUUGAACGAAUCUUAUUUAAGGACAUCUUUGUAGCAUAGAUGGUCUAUAAUGCUGACAACAGAUUUCUUAGAAAUGCUGCUCUCUAUUUAACUAACAUUUUGUUCAGUUUUGCCUCCAGUGGAAGCAGAAAGGGUUUUUUCAGCUGUUAAAUCCUAAAAAUCAAUAUAAUUUAUUUAUGUAAAAAAAAAAAUCACUCAAUCGAUAUAUUUUUGAACCUUUUAAGUACUAAUUUUCUUUUUAUCAAGUAGAAAAAAAAUGUAUUUGCCCUAAAUCCUUAAAAUACAAAUGCUAUAAAAGUU